AUGGAAAACUCCAAUGAUGCUGCUGAAGAUCCAAAUGAAGCAAUACAGUCUUCUUCUAAAUUUAAUCAAACUUCGAUCAAGGACAUUGAAGUUGCCGCAAAACAUGAUCAAAUUAAUGAUAAAGCUUUUUGCAAAUUAUGUAAAUCUAUGAGUAGUAAUAGCAACAAUAAUGUUUCUGUAUUUAUCUCGGAAGGCUUUAAUAAUUGGAAAAAAGCGGUGGAAAGGUUUAAUAUGCAUGAACGUUCAGAAUUGCACAAAACAAAUAUCGUUAAAAAUUCUUUUAUUAAAACAAAUGCUAAUGUAUUUGCUCAAAUUUCGGAUAGUCAUAAAAAAUCUAUGGAAGAAUCAAGAUUUGCUUUUGAUAAAAUAUUAUCUUCUAUAGUUUUUUUGGCAAAACAAGCCGUAGCAAUAAGAGGGCAUACUGACGAAUCUACAAAUUUCAAUCAGUUAUUAAAACUUCGAUCGGAAGAUUCGACUGAAUUACAAAACUGGUUAGUGGACAAAGAAUCAUUUGAAAUAGAAGAAUAUUUUAUAGGAUUUUAUGAAACACCUAAAACUGAUUCUAAUACUCUUUUCAAUAUUUUAAAAGAUAUUCUGUGUAGAUUAGAGUUGAAUAUUCAUAAUAUUAGAGGACAAUGUUUUGACGGCGCUAGCAAUGUUUCUGGGAUUCACAAAGGAAUGCAAGCUAAAACUAAAGAAAUUGAACCCAAAGCAUUAUUUGUUCACUGUCAAGCUCAUUCUUUAAAUCUUGUUACCCAAGAUAGUAUGCGAAAUGUAGAAAAAGCUAGAGAUUUACUAAAUUUUAUAAGAGAAUUAAUUACAUUUAUCAAACAAUCACCCAAGAGGCUAUCUUGGUUCAAAAUGUUACAAACAGAAGAGAACAUGACUGCUCUAAGACCAUUUUGUCCAACCAGGUGGACGUUACGAUAUUCUUCUUUGUUAUCUCUUUCCGUACAAAUUUUGAACACUUUGGAAGAUAUUAUUUCAAAUAUGAGAGAUGUAUUUAAUAUUUUAUGGGAAUCUGCAAAAAACGAAUGGUCAGAUUUAAAGUUAGAUCUACCGAAAGAAUCUAGAAAACGAAAAAUGCCUCUUAAAUAUGAUAACGGUACAACCGAGUCCUUUUUAUUUACACCUGAAAGUAAAUAUAACCAAAUAUAUAAAGAAAUUAUUGACCAUAUACUAUCUGGUUUACAACUAAGAUUUAAUUCUGAAGUUCGAAUUUUUUUGAGUGAUGUUGAAAUGUUUUUUAUUGAUCCAAGUAUAUCACCACAAUUAAUUUGCGAAUUUUAUAAGGAUGAUUUAAAUAUUGAUAAACUAAAACUGCACAGAGACAUGUUUCAUGAUAUAAUUAAAGGCCAAGGCUUAAAUGUAUCAUCAUUUUCGGAUGUUUUAAAUAUAGCUAAAGAUAAACCACAUUUGGUCAUUCAUUUAACCGAGCUAAAAAAAUGCAUUCAAUUGUUGCGGGCCUUGACGCUCUAG